CCACUUCCCUCAUGGUUUUCCUCUGAAUGUCUUUCAUGUGAAAUGGGCCUGAGCCAUUCUAAGGCUCACCCUAGGGUGACCAAAGUAGCACCUUUGAAAAACAAAGAGGAAGAAACUCCUUUGGCUGGCCCUGUGGAUGUCACAUUCAAUCAGAAUCUGCAAGAAAAGAGUUCAUAUUCGUUGGCAAGGCUGCAGGACCAGAAUAAAGCCUUGGAAGGGCAGCUACCACCUCUACGAGAAACCCAGUAUGGAAGAUAUUUUGCAGCAUCCAGGGCCAUGUAUUUUGACAUCCCACUGGAACAGGGAGAAACAAGUAUUAUUAAAAGGCAUCCACCCCAAAGACUUCAAGUAAGAUGAAUUUAAAAGGCUUCAUAAGGAAUUUCUUGGAUAUAAUGAAGCUCGAACCCAUUGACUUGCCACAAGUAAUUACUUCUGAAAGGCUUCUGAGCCAGCGAGGAGCUGGGACAAUGCACAAAGCAAAGGAACCGGAAAAGAAAAUGCAAACGCCAAUGUAUACUUCUGGGAAAAGGCAAUAUCUGCAUAAGAUGCAAAUGCUGGAAAUGAACCGUAAAAGACAAGAGGCCCAAAUGGAGUUGAAGAAAAGUCUUCACAGGGAAGCAAGAAUUAAUAAGCCAAACCCGAGGGACCAUAAAGCCAAGAAAAUCCUUCAAAGUAUCCCAAGGAGUAACGACCAUGACCUUCUAACCACGUUGCCUGAUGAAACCUUGAAUGGAAGUCCAGGAAAUUCACAGAAUGCAGAAGUUUUAGAACAUCAUGCAAUGAAUGACUACUGUCCCCGGAAAAUUGGCAAAAUGGAAACAUGGCUCCGUGCACAAGAGGCCCAGGGACAGCUUCUUUGGGACAGUUCUAGCUCUGACUCAGAUGAGUUGGGGAAAGAUGAGAAGAAACCACGAGCACUGGUGAGAACAAGAACAGAAAGAAUCCCAGUUUUUGAUGAGUUUUUUGAUCAAGAAUAAUAAUGCUAUUAUAAGAAGACUAUUCACUACCCUAGAUACUGAGUGUAUUGAAAGUUUGCUUUAUGUCAAAAUCCUUCAAGCUAAUAUAUGAAUUAUUUUGAGGAAAGCAAUUC